AUGGCUAAGACGUCCAGGCGCAGAGCUUCGUCAAUCUUUGACAGCACCUCUAUGAAGCGUUUCACCGGGUUCUUUGGGGGCUCCCCAGCCAGUGAGGAAGUUGUGCAAGAGAAAGUGCAAGAAAUCGUGCCACAAACAAUAACACCGCCGCCACUCCCUCCUCUCAACACAAACAUUCGACAACAAAAAGAAAGGUCGGAUAGUCUUCAGACGCCCAUCACCGCUCUGAACGGAACACCCACCAGCGAGAUCGCGCCAAAGGCUACCCGCACGUUUUCUAUGCCACUGCCCUCAUCACCAAAAGUCCAAGAUUCAACAUCAGUCCACCCAAAACGAGUAGAAUCAUUAUCAUUAGCUCCUACACCAGCUCACCCACCUGUUGCAUCAGGUUCUCUGUCGCCAUACCUACAUCCUUCUUCGUCGCCGGUUGGAUCCUCACGAACUUCGAGAAACUUCUCUGGCGCCUCAGCAAUGUCGGGAAUGUCUGGCAUGUCUGGCAUCUCGGUUGCCUCGGCUGCAUCAUACACAUCGUACGGCUCAUCGCGACCUACAUCAUCCUCACAAGCACAGAUUCCUAUGCCGCCCAGUCCGACAACGGCGGAUAUUCCCAGGCAGCUCAAGGGCAAGAAGGGCCGUCGCGGGAUCUUUGGCAAGAAGCGCAAGGAUGACGUUGAGAUCCCGGCUGCGUGGAGGCUAGCUCAUGGAAGCAGCGAGAACCUGGAGGGAUACAAUUUCGGCCCCCUGACUCGGGGUGGUCAGGUACCGGAUCUGUGGGACCCCACGGGUGAUACGCUGGUAUUUUUAGCACCCAGGAAUGCAGCAAAGCCGGUUGCACCGAGCUUUAGGAUCAAUUCGGGCCCGCUGAUGUUUGCUGCGCUCGGUCAGUAUAUCGAGGAUUUGCAAUUUUCUGAAGGCCCGGAGGACUCGCAGGAUCUGUUUUUGGAGGUUCCAAGGGGCGUUCCGUCGGCCCCUUUCAAGCAGGAUAGCAGGCCGGGAAGUGCGCCAACGUCAUCGCGUCCAGGGGGAGAUGAGGAUCUAUCCGGUCAACCGGGCAUUCUCAACCAGUUAGCUCAAACAGGGGAGGGGGACAGUUUCAUGGACCAAAAUGUCGCGUACAAGGUUUACUAUCCGCCGACCGACUCGGAGCCGAAAUCUGCUGUUCCCAUGAAGGGAAAGAAGCACAAGCAUUCAAACUCGGACCCCAGCAAUGACUCAUUUCAGAGGCUCAUCGACGUCCGAAACUUGUUUGCGUUUCUCAAUUACACUUUCCUUGUCUCUACGCUGCACAGGGAAACCCCUUUUCAGAUUAUGGAAAAGAUAUUCAAGCAGCUACAGGGUCCCCAUUCGCCAGAAUUGCAUGCUGAGGACCUGAAUCUGUCAAAGAAGAUCAACGCGGCGGAGGGAAAUUUCUUGUAUUACGUUGAGGAGUUGAAGAUUGAUGACAUCCGAAAUGAUGAUGACGCGAUUAUCGAGGCUCUGAUAAUGGGCGAGCGCUGGAGGUGCCAGAGGUUGUAUAGGGAGGGAUUCAUCCAUGCAAGCGGUAGAUGGGAGGAUAUUAAGGGUCAUACGGGACUGCAAUAUAUCUCCCAGGAAACAAAGAAACGCCUGGAUCGUGCCUCGCUCAAUCUUCACCAGAUUCGCUUGUACAACGUUACGACUGGGCUGACUAAUUUUGACUACCCGUCCGUGUGGGUUGGUGAUGACAAAUACCCUGAAUUGAAGCCCUGGAAGGCAGGAUUUGAAGCCAUGAGGAAACUUACGCUGAACUUUUACAAGAAUGUUUACGGGUCAUGGCCACCAAAGGCUGGGAAGCAUGGGAAGGGAGGUGGAUACACCGAGACCGGCGGUCUGAACAGGCUGGUUCUGAAACGGCUUUAUGAUGAUUUCUGUGUUUUGUACGACUUGUUGGUGGAUCGCGAGUGGAUCCACGGUGAGAGGAUUCGCUUUGAGGCUACCCAUUUCUCUGAGGGCGAAGAAGGGAAGGAGCAGAGGACAAAGGAGGAGGGCGCGCGGAAUGCAUUGAGGAAGAUUAUGGCGGCUCUGGAUAACUCCACUGUCCCUGUCCAGCCCAAUAUUCCGUUCGAUCAGCCUCGCCUGCUGCACAUCACAGAAGCGCCUGCCACCGAGAAAAAGAAGUCAAAGAAGCCAAGAUCGCAGAAGAAGUUGAAGUCGGACGAGCUGGCGGUGGUGUUGAAGAACUCAUACAACGAGGAUACUACUGAACGAGCAAGACAGAAUGAAUUUGCCAGCGCUUACCUGAAACUCGAGGCAGAUUUCGCAAAGGGGAAGAACUUGGAUGAUAUCAUUGAGGCCCGCAGGGGAAGGUGGAUUUUCAUGUACUGUGUUCUCCAGAACCUUCCGAUGACGGUUGUUGAUGCUGUUGGUUGCCAGUAUGGAGAUGGUGUCGAGUACUUCCUGUGUGAAAACGUCAAGGGGUCUCUGCCAUGGGAGAGGAGCAACAACAGGGCCAGCCGUAUGAGUGGAAUCUGGGGAGUUUCAGGGCCAUACGGAGGUCUCGGUCCCGCGGGAUCCUCGAGCAAUCUUAACGGCGACGACGAGAUAGAUUACACCUACCGACGCAGUCAUUGUUUCGAUAUUGCUGAGGACUGGAGGAUGGUUCAGCGGGUACCUGGAGUUGAUGAUGAAUUUGAGAUGGAUGGUGAGUCUGGCGGUGAGGACUUUAUUGAGUACCGCCCACUGGACCAGCCUAUGCCCGACUCUCCUAAGGCUGAGAGCCCCAUGAGCCCCUCAGGAUUGAGUCCGGCGCCAUUCAGACAGAGCUAUCCGAACAGCGAGAGGAGCCAGUCGCAGUCCCCCGAGAUCAACACCGAGGGUGGAUAUGUUCCAUAUCAUCAGCAGGGAGCGGCCCAGUCUCGAGAGAACAUCCUUUCCGAGACUUACCAGCCGACAUACAGGCCUCUGACAUACAUGCCCGCAGCACCCUUGGAAAGCGAGCGCCCGCAGAGCUAUGGAUCGCACAAGUCACAGGGUUCACAAGAUGCCUCCAGGGUCAAAGCCUUGCCCCCUCUUGAUUUCGAGGGCCCAGCCCCCGGAAGCCACAAAAACUCGACAAUAGUCAUGCUUCCCAUGAGCCCUACCCACAAGGACGACUCAUCUGGUACUAGUAUCGAGUCGCAGAUGGACAGGGCCUUUGUUGGGCAGAAUUAA